AUGGCUGAAUUAAGUCACGCUAAUAAGCUAUAUCAAGAGAAGAUUGCAGAGGAGAAGCGUGAGCAGCGAGCAAGGGAGAAGGCAAUGAGAGACCAGGCCAAGGCUGAGGAGCGAGCAGCCAUCGAUGCGCGCAAGGCUGAAAGAGCACGUAAGAAGCAAGAGAACAGCGCUGCAAAAGCUCUCAAAUUAUCCCAAAAAGGCAGUAAGCCAGCCUCAAAAGCUUCUACAGUUAAACAGAAGCCUGCGCGCCAAGGUGUGGGUGCCCGUAGUCACCCAAAGCCUGCAACGCCUCCUCCUGCGCGCUUAACUGUUACUACACGCAGCGGCCGCACCGCCACAAAAUACCAUUAA